GUUGAAUUUGACACAGGAUAAGUGAUAACUAUAUAGUAUCGUUCGUCAAUCUUCCUGUUCAACAGCCUAGUGCUGUCUUGAUCGGGUGUUUAAAACGAAUAUUUUUUUAAUUAGUAUUUAUAUACCAUAAAAAUAUUUCGCUGAAAAGUGUGGAAUAUCGUGACUAUUACUUGACCAGUGCAUAUAAAAAAUAAAGUAUUCACAAUGUUGCGAGCUUUAUUAAAUAAAUUUUGGGAUGAGGAUGUCUGGCUGCCGCCGAAUACUACUUGGGAGGAUAUAACUCCAGGGCCGGAUAAGGCUGUGGUGUACGCGGAUUACAGACACCUUCUAUACCCCAUACCCUUGGCAUUAGUGUUAAUAGCUUUACGACAGGUAUUAGAGAAAUAUUGGUUUGCACCAUUCGGAAGGUCACUAGGUAUUAAGAACACAAGACCAAAGAAAGCUCCAAAUAAUUCUAAACUAGAACUAGCAUACAUCGACUGUCCCAAAAUAAAACAUAAACAGUUGUUUUUGAGCAAGGAUGAGAUAUGUGCUCUAGCGAAGCAGUUGGACAUGUCAGAGAGGCAGGUGGAGAGAUGGUGGAGGUUAAGGAGGAGCCAGGAUAAGCCUUCUACCCUUGUGAAGUUUUGCGAGAACAUGUGGCGGUGCACAUUUUAUUUGUACAAUUUUUCUUACGGAAUGUUCAUUCUAUGGGAUAAGGAAUGGCUAUGGGACAUCGACCAGUGUUACAUCGGUUAUCCCCAUCAGGGUCUCACUCCGGACAUAUGGUGGUAUUACAUGAUAUCGGCAGCGUUCUACUGGUCUCUGACCAUAUCUCAGUUCUGGGAUGUUCGUCGUAAGGAUUUCUGGCAGAUGUUCGUCCACCACAUCGCCACCAUCUUACUGCUGUCUUUCAGCUGGGUGUGUAACCUUCAUCGGAUUGGUACACUGGUGCUGCUGCUGCAUGACUGUGCUGAUAUAUUCUUAGAGGUGAGUAAGAAGGCUGCUAAGGCGGCGAAAUACGCUAACUAUCAGAAGCUAUGUGACGCGAUAUUCACGGUGUUUACAGCGCUGUGGAUUAUGACGAGAUUAGGAAUAUAUCCUUUCUAUAUCAUUUGGAGUACAUCGAUUCGUGCUCCCAUGUUACUACCAAUGUUUGCUGCCUACUAUAUCUUCAACUCGUUACUGUGUCUGCUACUGGCUUUACAUAUGGUCUGGACAUGGCUUAUAUUACAAGUCGCAUAUAAAUCUAUCAAUGCUGGGAAGAUGGAAGGUGACAUAAGGAGUUCUAGUUCAGAAUUCAGCGACAGUUCACAUCAAUCAAACCACAGUACACCAAAUAGGAACAGCAAAAAAGACACAUAGAGGUCAUCAUUCCUAUGAUACAAAUUAUCAAGAGUUACUGACAAACAAAAACGUGGUACCAUCUAUAUAAAGGCAGUGGAAUGUAUAUUGAAUAUUAUUUUGCUAUUGGCUGAAAUUCAUAUCAAAAUUUGUAAAUAUUUAUUGUUAUAGCAAAACUUAAUACUAAAAGACCAAUAGUAACUAAUUUCAAACAAUCAAAUUUACCAAAGCACAAAGAUUUUCACAUAUUUUUUUUUUCAUUUACAUAGGGAGAGAACACCAAGAACUAGUCAAAAUUAUUAAUUUUGAUUAGGAUAAAAAAAAAAGUUAUUUUUAGAUUUCAUGGUAUACUUUGACUAAUUAAUAUUUUAUAUAAAAAUGCAUAAUUUUUGGCUUAUGUUUUUAAGGCUGAACAUUUUUGAAUGCUAAUUUAUAUUUGCAUUUGCAAAUUAUAUGAAAAACUAUACCCAUACAAUAUGAAGUGUUCAUCUAGAAGAUUGUCUGCGCCUUUAAAAAUUGUAAUUUUGUUCUAAAAUAGCCAAUUUUAUCUAAGUAUGUAAUAUUAACUGUACUUAUGCUUUAUUAACUAUUAACAUUCAAUUUAACGCUCAAAUUACUUAAGCUUUAUCAAGCGGCCAUAUCUAUUUUCAAAUAUACUUAACUAAUUUAGUCAAAGUUGAAACACAUUAUGAAGCGAUUAUACCAAAAAAAUAUUUAUUUCAUGGCUCAUUAUAAUUUCUAUGUUCCUUUGCUGUAUUGCAUUUAUUUAUUCAUAAAAUUGUUAAAGAAUCCAAUUUUUAUACUUUAAAUUAGAAAAUUAAAAUUCUUAUUAAUUCCAUAAAAAAAUAGCAAUAAAUAGCAUUUCGAUCUAUCUUGACGUGUCAUAAUAUAAAUUAUAUCUAGUUAAUACCUUAAUGUAUUAAUUAGCUUACUAGUAAAACAAAUAUUAACACUAGCAACAUUGUUAAGGCGGUGGUUUUGUUUUGGUGUAAUUUAGAAUAAUUACCUCAUUUGUGGUACAUAAAAGAGGGCUAUCAAUUUUAUUAUAAUAUAGCUCCGUAAAAUUUUUGGUGCGGUUAAAAAAAUAUCCAUAUCAUUUAUAGUGAUGCACAUCGUAGUUUUAAUGCAACUGAACACCCAAAGACGCUUUUCUAGUUAAAACAAAUUUAUAAAUAAGUAUUCCUCUAGACAGAUUAAGAAGUUUUUAUGUUGUUUUUUUUU